AUCCCUCGCACCUGAUUCGCUAUGGGCCAGUCAGCGUCCUCCCCCAGCGCCCCCGCCGCUUCCACCUCCGCGGGCGCCUGCCCCAUCGACCACGAAGCCAUGAAGGCUGCUAAAGCCGGCGGCUGCCCGAUCGACCACAGCGCGCUCCCCGCGAAGAAGGCUCCAGCAGCGGACGCGCCUGCGAAGUGCCCGAUUGACCACGACUCGGUGAAUCCGCUGAACAACAUGCCGAGCCUCUCGCAGGCGCCCGCGCCCGCGCAGGCGGUGGCGUUACCGACCGAGCGCACGCAGUCGACGAUCCCGAGGGACCAGGCGGAGACGUGGGAGUACCCGUCGCCGCAGCAGUUCUAUAAUGCGCUGGUGAGGAAGGGGUGGGAGACGCCAGAGGAGCAUGUGGAGACGAUGGUGCAUAUCCACAAUUUCUUGAACGAGGCGGCGUGGGAGGAGGUACUGAAGUGGGAGAAGCGGGCGAAUGGCGACGAUGAGGUCCAACUUGCGCGAUUUACCGGCAAGCCGGGGCAGAUGUCACCAAAGGCGCGCUUAUGGAUGUUUGCCGGGUGGUUACUUCCCAUGCGCUUCAACACCGAACCCCCCUUCGACCGCCACGACUGGAUCGUCCGCCGCCCCAAGACCGGCGAGGAGGUCCGCUACGUGAUCGACUAUUACUCCGCGCCGCCCGAGCCCGACGGCUCGCCCGUGUUCUCCCUUGAUGUACGACCUGCGCUCGAUAGCAUUAAGAGCAUCCAGCAGCGGAUAUCGGUCGCGACGGAGGAGACCUGGGCGAGUUGGCGGCAGGAUAAGCCGCCGUUUGCGAGGGCUUGAGCGCAUAUGCGUGAGCCUUUGCGCUGGCCGGCGCUCAAAAGUACGCCCCCUUCACGAUAGGUACUAUGCAUGACUUAGAGCGCUUUGUAACUUACUACACUUCUACACUUGUAUAAUGGAUAUCAGGACGUCAUCACU